CUGAAAAGGGGGAUUAACUCUGAAAUGUGUGGUAUGCAAGGGUUCAGACAGCAAUGUUUUCUAAAGUGAUGAAGAUACACAUACAAAAAUAAGAACUACAUUUUGACAUUAUAAGAAAUAAGGCCUACAGUUUGAUUGUUGUCUUAUGUACCGGUAAUGACAAGUGAAAGAAUUAAUUUGUCAGUGCCCAGAUGGGAUCAGUCAACAUUUACAGGAAGAUUGAAAUAUUUUUCCUGGAUAACAGAUCCUAGGCUUUCCAUUACACCUUCAUCACAGUUGAUGGAAGCUAAACUCCUGCUAGAAAAAUAUAGGAAAGGCGAGGAAUCAAGCGGAACAACUGUAGAUAAAAUUCGACGGGCACAGCAGCUAUAUUUAUCAGCAUUCCAUCCUGAUUCUGGAGAACUGCAGAAUGUUAUUGGAAGAAUGUCUUUUCAAGUUCCUGGAGGAAUGGUACUAAUUGGGGCUAUGAUCACAUUUUAUAGAUCUAAUUCAGCUGUGAUAUUCUGGCAGUGGGCUAAUCAAUCAUUCAAUGCUCUAGUUAAUUACACCAAUAGAAAUGCUGCUUCAGAAAUAACAACAAAACAGAUGGCAGUGGCGUAUGUCAGUGCAACAACUAGUGCGUUAGUUACAGCUCUAGGUUUAAAAUCAAUUCUAGCAAAAAGAGCAACUCCAUUAAUUCAAAGAUUUGUACCCUUUGCAGCAGUAGCAGCAGCUAAUAUUAUCAAUAUACCUCUUAUGAGGCAAAGUGAAUUAAUAAAUGGUGUAACAGUAUUUGAUAAACAUAAUAACAAAAUCACAGAAUCAAAGUAUGCAGCUGUGAAAGGAAUAUCUCAGGUUGUGUUUUGUAGGAUAAUGAUGGUUAUACCUAGUAUGACCAUGUUACCAAUAUUAAUAGAAAAAUUAGAAAAAACAGCCUGGAUGAAAAGAAAUAAAUUUUUAAAUCCCCCAUUGCAAGUUCUUUUAGCGGGUGUUACAAUGUUGUUUAUGGUGCCAGUAGGAUGUUCUCUAUUCCCACAGAAAUGUUCUAUAAGAACAGAGAAAUUAAAAAUAUUAGAUAAAGAGAAAUUUGAAGAUCUAAAGAUUCGGUAUGGUGCUGAUUUACCGGACCAACUUUAUUUUAACAAAGGAUUGUAAAAUAUGUCAGGAACAUGUAAAAGUAUUAUCUUAUAAUGAUGGGUUAUUUUUUUUUAGGUCCCAAUUUUGUGACUGGUCCCUUCCCCCAUAAACAAUAAAGAAGAAAAAAAAUGAUUUCUGUGUGGUAUUAUAGUGGACAGUGAGACAUUAAGUGAUACUGUUAUUUCAAUAUAUUACACAAUGCCUCGCUGAAGACCAUUAAACAACUUAAAAUACAGACAAUAUCCUGUACCUAUGCGCAAGUUGAAUAUUCAUCUAGUAUUAAAUAAUGUAUGACUGUCAGGUUGCCAGUGCCUUUAUUUGAAAUAAUGGUAUG